GCUAAAUAAUCGUAGGUCGCGAUGUUGCUGAGGCUGCGAUCGCGACUUUCUGCUGCGGGUUAUUUUUAUUCCGACUGCCGUUCGAUCGAAGUACGCGAGAACCAGAAAACGAGUCGCGAUAUUUUUUCGUGAAAAGUUCAAUCAUAAUUUCGAUAGCUUCCGGUUGUAUUUUGAAACGUUCCGGGGAUGGCCAUCGAGCAGCUUGGCUAUAGUGUGUUCUUUAUAGCGUUGACCAGCGCGAUCGCGGCUGUUGCUCGACGGGUGAAUAACAAAUUGUCCAAAGAAGGUCUGGUGAAGGAACUCAUCAAUGAGGCAAUCGCCGCCGCGGAACUAUGCGGCUGUUGCUUUGAGCUGAUCAUUGUUGCUGAUAACUUUGGGGUAGCGACCUAUGCGGUGUUCCUGUUCACGCUGACGAUAUGGUGGGGUCUACAGUGGGGAAACGCCACUGCAUGUCCCUACACAUAUAUGGAACAGAUUGUGCAAGGUGAAGUUAACUUCAGAGAAGCUGCCUUGAAGAUUUGGGCCCAGCUGAUGGGCGGGUGCUGCGUGUACCGUUACGUCCAGCUGUACUGGUGGCUGGAGCUGGCGGAAACCCACGAAGGCCGAGCCUUUGAAGAAUGCUCUGCUGAUUUGAAGGUCAAUCUAUAUCUGGGAGCGUUCAUCGAGGGCUUCGCCACACUGUGCUGUCGACUGGCGUCCAAAGUUAUUUCCGAAAAAGACGCCAAGUUUGGUGCCUUCAUUGAUUCGUUCAUCGGAACCAGCUUGGUUGUGGCCGCUUUCAACUACUCUGGUGGAUACUUCAACCCGGUUCUGGCCACCGCACUGAAAUGGGGCUGCGCAGGAAACUCCGCCCUGGAGCACAUCAUCGUCUACUGGAUUGGUUCGUGCGCUGGAGCUGUGCUGUCGGUGCCACUGUUCAAAACCGACAGCUUCCGCAAUAUGUUCCUUGCCGAUAAGGCUAAGGCCGAAUAGAAUGCUAAAUAGGCACACAAAGGCAGCUUAAAGGGUAGCGCUUUGAAAUUAAAUUCGAAAUUCUUCUAGUCAUAGCAUGUCGAAAUUCAUGAACACUAUAUGAAUAUAUAUUUAUUUGUGAAACCUGUCGAUAAGUACACUUUCCGUCCUUAAUUGUAUAUGAGUUAUCUAUCUGCUUUUUAAAACCAUCUUUUUAUUUCAGCAAUAUGUGUUUUAUAUGUUGAUGUCCUUUUUUUUAGUUAGUAUAUAUGUAACGAACCUACUUGUACUAUUUUUCCCUAAUAUAGAUUUUGAAAGAUAAAAAAGAAUAUGCAGACAACUAUGUAAAUAUGUAAUGAGAAAUAAAAUCAGUCAUGACAAAUGUGA